CGGUUAAUUUAUAAAUAAAAAAAAGCUAUCUCUACCAGGAGUUUUUCUAUUCUUAGGGUUCAAACCCGAAACUUUUUAUUAGGAUUAGGGGUCUCAUCCAAACACCCUAAAUGGUGGAACACCCACAUGUUGAAACAAAAGAAACUCAUCAUCAAGAAGAUGAGAAAAGAAAUGUGAAUUAUUGAAUAGAGAAAAAUGAUACCCAUGUUGAUUAUAUACACCUUAUUCUAGAGUCUUUAUUUCCACUGUUUCCAUCUGAAUCAUUGAUAACCAAAGCUUCACUUAUUUAUUUCUUUUAUUUUUUUUUUGGUGGGGUACUUAUGACUGAGUUUCUAGUUCAUUAUAGUUGCUUACUUCAGAAGAUUUUGGUUAUUUUUAGAAAUGAAUGAGGAAAUCUAGGAUAUCUUUUGUGUAGGCUACUUACUAAUUAUAGCAAAUCCUCCUGAAAAUAUGCUUCAAUUCCCAAGGGUACUGAUACCAAUAGAUCGGCUAUUCUAAUCACUGAAACUUCCUUUUUUGUAUUCUUAUGUUUAAAUUACUCCCAAAAAGAUCUUCUUGCUGCACUUAAGUGUCAUUCUUGGUUUUCCUUUGCUACCCCAUAAGUUCAAAUUAGCUUUAUAAGUUCCACUUGAGGUAAUUGUAGCUAUGGCAAAGAAGAAGAGCUGGUUCAACUUGCUGAAGAGGAUUUUCGUUUCAGAGUCUGAAUCAAGAUUAGAGAAGGCAAAGAGGAAGAGAUGGGUAUUUGCAAGGCUAAAGAUCAGGAGAUUGGAGGCGUCCUUGGCAUUGUCACCGCCAAGGGAAAGGAGACGCCAGAAAGCAGAAGAGAAGCAGAGUAAGCCUACUAUAAAUGUUGAUGUUGAAAGAAUUGCUGAAGCUAAUGCAGCUGCUAAAACACCAGAGGUUGAAGCUGAUAUGGCUUCCUUAAAAGAAGGCACUGAAUCUAUCCAUGAGCCUAAAGAUGAAGCUCUUGGACUGUCAAAAUUGACUCUUCAUGACCAAGUGCCACAGUACUUCUACCUUUAUGAGAGAAAGAUUGAACAUCUUGCUGCCGUCAAAAUUCAGACAGCUUUUCGCGGUUAUCUUGCAAGAAAAGCUUUGAGAGCACUAAAGGCACUAGUCAGGCUUCAGGCAAUUGUUCGCGGUAGGGCUGUUCGACGUCAGGCUAUGGCUACCCUUAAGUCCUUGCAGUCAAUUGUAAACAUACAAUCAGAAGUCUGUGCAAAGAGAUGUGAUCUGGUGAAAACCACGGUGCAUUGUCAAGAAAACACGUUGCUGGAUGUGGGAGAGAAAGAUAUAAAGAUUGAUCUAAACAGCCAGAGAAGGUGGGACAAUCGAUUUUUAUCUAAGGAAGAGACAAACAAGUUGUUCUCAAGCAAAAGAGAGGCUGCUAUCAAGAGAGAACGUAUAAGAGAAUACUGGUUAAGCCAUCGAAGGUCAACAGAGACAGAAAUAAAUGGAAGACGCCAAUACUGGUUAGAACAAUGGGUAGAUGCUCAGCUGGCUAAAAGAGAUGACCUUAAAAACUUGGAUACACUUUUCUCAGCAAGAAACAAAGAGGAAUUUGAGAGAAAGGAAAUUAAACCAAGGACUUUACCAAAACAAUACCAUACAGAUCAAGAAUUGGUUUCUCCAAUAUAUGUUCCAAGAAGAUCAUUUCACCACAGAAGGCAGCACUCGAGCGGAGAUGAUAAUUCUUUCAUUGGCUCUCCUGCUCUUCCAACAUACAUGGCAGCCACUGAAUCUGCAAGAGCAAAAGCAAGAUCAAUGAGCUCACCAAGGCUAAGACCUCUCAACACUGAUGUUUACUCUGAGAUUAAUUCUCCCUAUAAGUACAAGCUAUCUCCCAUAUCUUCUAUCAACAGUGAUGUCACAGUAGCAAGUAGGAUUGGAAGUGUUACUGGGUUCUCACAAAGAUCACCAUGCUUAAAGGGUACACCUGGUCCGAUAAAAUCAACCAGGAGCAUUAAGGACCACAACUUUGAGUCAGAUGGCUCCUUUACAAAUUGGGAUCGGAUCAGUGCCUGCAGAUGAUUGAUUAGAGUGAAAAUUAUAGAUUGUAAUAGCUGGGAUGCUUUAAUUCCACAAGCUAAUGUUAUAUCUAUGCUAAUAGUUUGUGUGAGAUCAGUUUCUCUUGAACAUUUUCUCGUUGACUACCAAAAGGAUCAUUUCAAUA